AUGGCUACCAAUAGUGCUAUGAGAGACGUUAGUGUCCCCAAUGUUCAAGAAGAUAUAAAAUACGAUUUCAAGGAGGUUCCAACACAAGCUUUGGAUGCCAUUCGCAUGAGAUUAGCACAACUGACGCAUUCUUUGGCCAAAAUGCGAGACGACAUGUCCCGAGCCGAGCUUCCGCAAUGGCAUUCUCUUCAAUUGCAAGUAAGUGUGGUCGUGAGCCAAUUACACUCUUUGGCGAGCACUCUACGUCAUUUUGAAGAGACUUUGGAUGCUACUGUAGUGGUACCGUUGCCCAAUUUUCCUACAACAGCACAUGAAGGACUUUUAACAACGUUGCUACGGAAAAAAAACAUUCCAGAAGUUGAUGAAUGGAUCAACGACGCCAAGGAAAGUUCCGGUUUGAAUUCAACGUCUGCGACGCAUGCUGAAAUCCAAAAAUCUAUACAGGAAGACGAAAAAAUAACGGCAUGGGCCCUCGAUUUCAUCAAAGCAGAACAGAGCAAUUACUCUUUGCAUGGAUUGCAUACCGCAUCUGAACUUAGUGAGGGAGUCGCCCCCGUAUCGAGUGUAAAUUACAGCGUCAAUGCUAACAAACACAAGCCGCAACGACCAUUUGAAUUCGACAAUGUGCUCAGAAGCAUUUACCAAGGCAGCUAA